GAAGUAGGCUAUCGAAUCAGUCGUCUAAAUUCAAAAACCCAUUUGCGCUAUCAGAGACUGAAUAUACUAUUUUUCUACAGUAUAUAUAAGGCGUACCUGUGGAAGGACCAUAGCCCACAAUGGGACAGACGCUGUCGGAACCAGUGACCACCAAGGACACCGCUUGCUGUGCUAAUGCAAGCUACCGCGUGGGCUCAUCGUGCAUGCAAGGAUGGCGGGUGGAAAUGGAGGACGCCCACACCCACAUUCUUUCCUUGCCGGACGACCCACAGGCGGCCUUCUUCGCAGUUUACGACGGACACGGUGGAGCUUCAGUGGCCAAGUACGCUGGCAAGCAUUUGCACAAGUUCAUUACAAAGCGGCCGGAGUACCGGGACAAUAGCGUGGAGGUGGCCUUGAAGAAGGCCUUCCUCGACUUCGAUCGGGAGAUGCUGCACAAUGGCUCCGCUGAUGAGCAAACGGCCGGCUGUACUGCCAUUGUGGUGCUCAUUAGGGAGCGGCGCCUGUAUUGUGCCAAUGCGGGCGAUUCGCGGGCCAUUGCCUGCAUUUCUGGAGUGGUUCACGCCUUGUCCGUGGACCACAAGCCGAAUGACGUGGGGGAGGCCAAACGGAUCAUGGCCAGCGGUGGUUGGGUGGAGUUUAAUCGGGUCAAUGGAAAUCUGGCCCUUUCCCGCGCCCUCGGGGACUUUAUCUACAAGAAGAACUUACUAAAGACUCCAGAAGAGCAGAUGGUGACGGCCUAUCCCGACGUGGAGGUGCGUGACAUCACCGAAGACUUGGAGUUCGUCCUACUGGCCUGCGACGGGAUCUGGGAUGUGAUGAGCAACUUCGAAGUCUGCCAGUUCGUGCGCAAGCGCAUAGCCGAUGGCAUGGAGCCGGAACUCAUUUGCGAGGAACUGAUGAACAGCUGCUUGUCUCCGGAUGGCCAGUCGGGCAAUGUGGGCGGCGACAACAUGACCGUCAUCCUGGUGUGCCUGCUGCACAACAAGAGCUACGAGGAUCUGGCGGUGCGCUGCGGAGGCAAGCGAAAGACCCCCGUUGAAACCGUUGGCGACAUCCAGAAUCAGCCGGUGAUUAAGGUCGUAACUCCCUAUUCUCAGGGAUCUUCUGGGUCGUCGACUUCUCGAUUGGGCCUGGGCUUCGGACUUCGCGAAAGCGAUACUCCGGAGCCUAAUCUUUAACUUUUGUUUUAGCUUUUACCUUUUUUGUUACUGGAUUUGUUUGCUCCUACAUUUGUACUUUGAUUGGCGAUCCAGACGCUGUUGGCACUUCAAAAUUAUCGGUCAACACAUCUCGUUUCCCGGCGGUACAAAUAUAACACAAUAAAUAGGCUACACUUUCCCCCACCCAGCAGGGAAAUAAAAACAGUUCGUUUU